UGCUGAUCAUCCCAGUCUGGAGGCGUGGCUAAAGACAACCAGUCAGCAAAUAGCAGUGUUGCACUUCAGCCACAGGAGGCAGUCAGAUGGUGUAUCAGAGGGGGCGGAGCCUGUAGUUCCUGAGGGCUUCAAUGUCAACCUAACUCCACAGAAUCCAUUUUCCAGUAGCAUCAGUGAGAUGAUCAACACCUUCAGUAUGUCAGCCUACAAGGUGGGUCUGAAGGUGAACCCCAACGAGCAGGACCCCAGAGUCCCGGUGCUGAGCUGGUCCACCUGCGCCUACACCAUCCAGAGUAUAGAGCGCCUCCUCAUGGAUGAAAACAAACCUUUGUUUGGAAGUUUACCUUGCCGACAGGACGACUGUCUGAGCUCUCUGACCAGGUACAGCUCAGCCUGCUGGACCUCAGCUCCACUGAGAUCUGUUCCUGCUCACUUCAUUAGGCUGCUGUCAGUUCUAGUGCCAGACCCUCAGGUAGAAGACACUCCAUGUAUUCUUUCCAUUGACAUGUUCCACCUGCUGGUGUAUGGUGUGUUGUCCUACAGCUCACUUCACAGCCUUGACCAAUCAGGACGGAGGUCUAUAGAUUCUGGUCAUCUCCACCUCCUUCACCUGAUCACUGUGGCUCACCUGGUUCAGGUCCUGCUCACCACUACAACAGAUGAGCUGUGCAUGGAUCAGGACAGUGAAGCACCAGAGGAGGAGCUCAUCUGUCAGCUCUACAGCACCCUGAGGAAACACCUGGGCAGUGUGUUACCUGAAGUGUCGUCUGGGUGGUGGCAGCUCUGGAGUUCUGUCAAAGCUGGCGUCCUGCCAUUCCUCAGAACAGCUGCUCUCUUCUUCCACUACCUGAAUUCGACGGCGCCUCCUGCUGACCUUCUGGUUGCAGGUCCUAAUCAGUGGGAGGCGUUGUGCAGCUACCUCAGUCUGCCCUCCAACCUGCUGCUGCUGUUUCAGAGCCACCACACACUCCUGGAGCCGCUCAUUCACAGGUGGUGCUGUCAUCCAGGUGUGAGACAGGUGUUGCAGGGACGUGGGCUCAUCGUCACAUUUCCCAGAGAGUCAAAUAAACUGAUAAACCUGCCAGAAGAUUACAGCGUCCUGAUCAACCAGGCCUCCAGCUUCACGUGUCCCCGCUCAGGUGCAGAUAAGUCUCGUGCUCCCACCCUGUGCCUGGUGUGUGGCACCAUGCUGUGCUCUCAGAGUUACUGCUGUCAGACCGAGGUGGAUGGAGAGGAUGUGGGAGCCUGCACCGCCCACACCUUCACCUGUGGAGCAGGUGUCGGCCUCUUCCUCAG